UGUGAUGUUAACGGCCUGUUGUAACGUCACCUGAGCUUACUUGUAAACAGUCACUAGCAGAGGAAGACAUUUUGCGUGCUAGUUGCUCCAAAUGCUCCGCGAUGAGGGACAAAAAAAACAACCAUCAAGCAAACAAAAAACCUUAUCAGCCCCCUGAUAAGGUACCACGGCGUUUGAAAAGUGCAAAAGGUUUGCCAGAGACCUCCUUCGUGGCGUCACACAGGCUGCUCGGAGCAUGUGCCCGACUACAGUGCACCUUGCUGGGCCACAGCAGGUGGCUCCCUCCGCUCUUUACUCUGGUUCUGCUGAUAGCAGUGAUGUGGUCGUGGUAGUGUCAUGAUAUUUGAUCAUCAACGGGUACAGUUGGUCAAAUCCAAAUUUGUUUGAGUCCGUCCUUCUUCCAGGUUUGCACAAACUACAGUUCAAUUAAAACUUUACAAAGUAGAUCAAAUCAGGUAUCGGUUUGAAAAAAAGAUAUUGUGCAUCUGUAGUUAAUACUAAAGCACUUUCUUAUGCAUCCACUUACAUGUGUGUGCACGUGUGUGUGCGCCAGCAUGCCACGACUAGUCAGAUAAGUGGGCGUGUCCCUGCACUCAGGUAUGUCCCGUCCAAACCUGCUUACCUUGUUUACUUGCUCAGCCAAGCAGCACAACACACCCUGGUACCUGCAGCCAUGUCCGUCAUUGUGUAUUAUUCCAGCGUGAGCAGUAACCUUGUGAUGAAGAAACAGCAGUCCAGAGUGUUUGAUGUCCUGGAGUCCAAGAACAUCUCCUUUGAGCAAGUGGACAUUGCCCAGGAUGCUGCAGAUAAAGAGUUAAUGAGGAGCAGAGCGAACAACCCCACCGCGCUGCCCCCUCAAAUCUGCAACGGGGACGUCUACUGUGGGGAUUAUGAGGCAUUCGAAAGUGCAGUCGAGGACGGCCAAUUGGAGGCGUUUCUCAAACUCUGACCAGCCUCUGCAUUCCACUUUAUUUCUUCAUUGUCAACUACUUGGUCUGUUUAUUUUGUCGUUGUUGUGUUUGUUCUGUUGCUGUCAGAUGCUCUAAAAUCAACUUAACUUGUUUUAUUUUUCUGUCAGGAUAACAGCUGGAAUCUGAAAAUAAAUACUUGAAAAAGAAAAUAAACAAAAUGAUUAAA